CCCGCGGGCGGGGGCGGGGCGGGCCAGGGUUCCGACUUCCAACAUGGCGCACGCUGGCGGAGGAGGUGGCCCCGCGGGCCGGGGGCUGAGCGGCGCCCGUUGGGGUCGCUCGGGGUCUGCGGGUCACGAGAAGCUGCCAGUGCAUGUGGAGGACGCCCUCACCUACCUGGACCAGGUGAAAAUCCGCUUUGGCAGCGACCCUGCCACUUACAACGGCUUCCUGGAGAUUAUGAAGGAGUUCAAAAGCCAAAGCAUCGAUACUCCGGGAGUCAUCCGACGAGUCUCACAGCUUUUCCACGAACACCCUGACCUCAUCGUUGGAUUCAAUGCUUUCCUUCCCCUUGGGUACAGAAUCGACAUUCCCAAGAAUGGCAAGUUAAACAUACAGUCGCCUCUGUCCAGCCAGGAGAAUUCGCACAACCACAGCGACUGUGCUGAGAAUUUCAAACAACAGCUGCUGUACAAGGAGGACAAGCCCCAGGUGCCCUUGGAGUCAGAUUCUGUGGAGUUCAACAACGCCAUCAGCUAUGUGAACAAGAUUAAGACCCGCUUCCUGGACCACCCUGAGAUCUACAGGUCAUUCCUAGAGAUACUGCAUACGUACCAGAAGGAGCAGCUAAGCACGAAGGGCCGGCCCUUCCGAGGCAUGUCUGAAGAGGAGGUGUUCACCGAGGUGGCAAACCUCUUCCGGGGCCAGGAGGACCUGCUGUCAGAGUUUGGGCAGUUCCUGCCUGAAGCCAAGCGGUCCCUGUUCACAGGAAACGGGCCCUGCGAAAUGAACAGUGUCCAGAAGAGUGAGCACGAGAAGAACCUGGAACACAGCAAAAAGCGCUCCCGGCCCUCGCUUCUCCGUCCCGUGUCGGCACCGGCCAAGAAGAAAAUGAAGCUGCGUGGUACCAAAGACCUGUCCAUUGCUGCUGUGGGGAAGUACGGGACCCUGCAGGAGUUCUCCUUCUUUGACAAGGUGCGCAGGGUCCUGAAGAGCCAGGAGGUCUAUGAGAACUUUCUCCGUUGCAUCGCCCUCUUCAACCAGGAGCUUGUGUCCGGCUCUGAGCUCCUCCAGCUCGUCAGCCCAUUUUUAGGGAAAUUUCCAGAACUCUUUGCACAAUUUAAGUCCUUCCUGGGGGUGAAAGAGCUAUCAUUCGCCCCGCCCAUGAGCGACAGAUCUGGGGAUGGAAUAAGCCGGGAAAUUGACUACUCAUCUUGCAAGCGCAUCGGAUCCAGCUACCGGGCACUCCCCAAAACCUACCAGCAGCCCAAGUGCAGUGGGAGGACGGCCAUCUGCAAGGAGGUGCUGAAUGACACCUGGGUCUCCUUCCCCUCCUGGUCGGAGGACUCUACCUUCGUCAGCUCCAAGAAGACGCCCUAUGAGGAACAGCUGCACCGCUGUGAGGACGAGCGUUUUGAGUUAGAUGUCGUCCUAGAGACCAACCUGGCCACGAUUCGGGUGUUGGAGAGUGUGCAGAAGAAACUCUCCCGGAUGGCGCCAGAAGACCAGGAUAAGUUCCGGCUGGACGACUGUCUGGGGGGCACGUCUGAGGUGAUCCAACGUCGCGCCAUCCAUCGGAUCUAUGGGGACAAGGCCCCUGAGAUCAUCGAGAGCCUCAAGAAAAACCCUGUCACUGCUGUCCCUGUCGUCCUCAAAAGGCUGAAGGCCAAGGAAGAGGAGUGGCGGGAGGCCCAGCAGGGCUUCAACAAAAUCUGGCGGGAGCAGUAUGAGAAGGCGUACCUCAAGUCCCUGGACCACCAGGCUGUGAACUUCAAACAGAAUGACACCAAGGCCCUUCGCUCCAAGAGCUUGCUCAACGAGAUCGAGAGUGUCUACGACGAGCACCAGGAACAGCACUCAGAGGGCCGCAGCGCCCCCUCCAGCGAGCCACACCUUAUCUUCGUGUAUGAGGACAGGCAGAUCCUGGAGGACGCGGCCGCACUCAUCAGCUACUACGUGAAGCGGCAGCCAGCCAUCCAAAAGGAGGACCAAGGCACCAUCCAGCAGCUGGUGCACCAGUUUGUGCCCAGCCUCUUCUUCUCCCAGCAGCUGGACCUAGGGGCGUCUGAGGACUCUGCUGACGAGAGCCGGGGGAGCCCCCAGGGGCAGAGCGUGGACCCUGGCGACCGGAAGAAGCCGGUGCCUGGGCCACAAAGCAGCCCCUCAGAGGAGAAGGUGGCCUCCAGCGAGGGUUCUGCCCCCGAGCAGCAGCAGCAGCAACCGCAGCAGCCGCCUCCGCCACCACCGCCGCCACCGCCACUGCCACCACCACCUCACAAGCCCAUGGAUGACGUCUACAGCCUCUUCUUUGCCAACAACAACUGGUACUUCUUCCUGCGUCUCCACCAGACUCUGUGUUCCCGGCUCCUGAAGAUCUACCGCCAGGCUCAGAAGCAGCUCCUGGAGUAUCGGACCGAGAAGGAAAGGGAGAAGCUGCUCUGUGAGGGGCGCCGGGAAAAGGGCAAUGACCCCGCCAUGGAGCUGCGGCUCAAGCAGCCUAGUGAGGUGGAGCUGGAGGAGUACUACCCAGCCUUCCUGGAUAUGGUGCGCAGCCUGCUGGAUGGCAGCAUCGACCCUACACAGUAUGAGGACACGCUGCGUGAGAUGUUCACCAUCCACGCCUACGUCGGCUUCACCAUGGACAAGCUGGUGCAGAGCAUCGCACGCCAGCUGCACCACCUCGUGAGCGACGACGUCUGUCUGAAGGUGGUAGAGCUCUACCUAAACGAGAAGAAGCGGGGCGCCGCUGGUGGGAACCUGUCCUCCCGCUGCGUCCGAGCCGCCAGGGAGACUAGCUACCAGUGGAAGGCUGAGCGGUGCAUGGCUGACGAGAACUGCUUCAAGGUGAUGUUCCUCCAGCGCAAAGGGCAGGUGAUUAUGACCAUUGAGCUCCUGGACACUGAGGAAGCCCAGUCGGAGGAUCCCGUGGAGGUCCAGCACCUGGCUCGGUACGUGGAGCAGUAUGUGGGGACCGAGGGUGCAUCCAGUUCGCCCACUGAGGGCUUCCUCCUGAAGCCCGUGUUUCUGCAGAGGAACCUCAAGAAGUUUCGCAGGUGGCAAUGCGAGCAGGUGCGGGCCCUGCGUGGUGAGGCCAAGAGUUCCUGGAAGCGGCUGGUGGGGGUGGAGAGCGCCUGCAACGUGGACUGCCGCUUCAAACUCAGCUCCCACAAGAUGAUGUUCAUCGUGAACUCCGAGGACUACAUGUACCGCCGGGGGACCCUGUGCCGCGCCAAGCAGGUGCAGCCCUUGGUCUUGCUGCGGCACCACCAGCACUUCGAGGAGUGGCACAGCCGCUGGCUGGAGGACAACGUGACCGUGGAGGCAGCCAGCCUGGUGCAGGACUGGCUGAUGGGCGAAGAGGAUGAAGACAUGGUGCCCUGCAAGACAAUCUGCGAAACGGCCCACGUGCACGGCCUGCCUGUGACUCGCUACCGUGUGCAGUACAGCCGCCGCCCUGCGUCCCCCUGAGGCAGCCAAGCAGCCACCACAACACACAGUUUGGUGUGGUUACUUCCUCAGCCUAGGUGUCAGUCAAGGGCGUUUUCAUGAACUACCUAAGGGAAGGAGAGCACCCCCAGCCUUGACGCUGCAGGCUGCCAGCUUCGGGGAAGGGGGUUCUGUCAGUUGCAGCCUCAUGCUACCACCCUUCACAGCGCCCCAGCUUCCUUUGGGCUAGUCCUGUGCCAAACCUGAAACCCCUGCACUUGAACUUGAGGCUCAGUUCCCAGCAGAAAGGGGAGGAUCUGUGCACUGCCUGAUGACAAGCGGUUGUGUUCACACACCUGCCACAUGGGGCCACACUGGUCAUUUUGUGCACGGGACAUCUGGGAAAGUCGGUGACAAGCCCUGUGAGGGCACACAGUUGGGAGGAAUAGGCACAGAAGGAGUUGGGCCAGGGACCUGCUUGAAAAGCACGUCCUUCCCAAGUGGUUUUAAAACCUUCCAGAAACUUCUCAAGCUGGGCAGCACCUACAUCUGACAGUGGGGACAUCAGCUGGUGCUCGGGUCCUCCUCAUUUUUUAAGUUGUGCAAGCCCUUUCCACUAGGUGUGGGGUGGGCAGGGGGCACCAGAAUGGCCCAGAAUACCCCACUAUGGAAAACAGAUACGCCAAACCCUGUGUUGAUCCAGCAGCCGGCCUCUGGGUCUGCCAGGGACGGGACUCAGCCCGACGGGCCCAUCAUGCUCAAGUGACCCGAGUUGGGAAGGUCCCAGGGUGGGAUUCUGUACCUAAGAUGAAUGUUCUAGAAAUAACGGAUGCGCACACAUAUUUAUUCCUUUAUACCCUCUUAGUGGUUUUAACUUUCGCAGCAACCAAGUCCCGAGGCUUCUUGGGGAGUGAGUGUGCUCCUCGUACCCACCCCACCACUGCUGUUGCUGCAGCUGCCGCUCGGGGAGGGCACAUGUGAGGGCUGAGGCAGCCGUCCUGUAGGGGCUUCCAAGGCUUCCUGUGCCAAGAAUGCCAUGCAGUGUGGGCUUGCACUGGCUCUGCAAACUCCCUGCCCCGGGAGGAGCCCUGGCAACGCACCAAGAGUGGGAUCUGCUGACCAGUGGGAUCAAAACAGUCCCCAAGCAGCCUCCUCGCCGCCACCCACAGUGCUCCCCCUCCUGCAGCCGAGCUGUGCCAAACCCACUGUUCCCACAGUGGGGAUGUGUUUCUAAAAGUUACCUGUGGAACUCAAGGUUUGUGAAGCCUUUGACUCUAGGGCCAAGGCCCGCGUGUGCCCCAGAGUCUCCCUGCCAGCGUGUUCUCAAGUGUAACCCAGGCACUUUGUCUGAACCCUUGUUUCAUAAGAAGGGAACUUACCACAACUCCUGGACCAGCCCCUUCAGACUGCCCCUCCAUUCCUCCUCGGGGCCGGGGUUUGCCAGCCACCCCCCAACCCCUAUCCUGCAUGCUUCUCAGCAGCCCUUUCGUUUCUGAAGACUUCUGUUCUGGGGCUUAGACUUCCUUUGCAGCUGUUUUGAUUGUAGUCUCCUUUUCUAUUUAUUUGCACAUUAAUGUUAAAAAUUAAAUAUUGACCUGAAGCUGUGA